AUGGCUACUACAACAGAAUCAACAAUACAAGAGCUCGAAGCUUGUGCAAUCGGUGAAACUCCAAUUCAUACGUCCGAAAAGUAUGAAAAUGACGAACAAAGUGAUGGUCCUGAGAUGAAAAUUAAAAAAAUAGAAGAUCAUCAUGAUAAACGAGUGAAAGUUUUUGGAUGGGUACAUCGAAUCCGGCGACAAGGUAAAAAUCUAACAUUCAUUAUUUUACGUGAUGGAACAGGUUUUCUUCAAUGUGUUUUGACCGGCAUUCUCUGUCAAACAGACGAUUCAAUUAUAUUUUCGACUGAAGCGACUAUGUUUGUGUGUGGUGUUGUACAAUCAGUUCCUGAAGGAAAAAGUGCGCCUGGCAAUCAGGAAUUGAUCAUCGAUUAUUUUGAAGUAAUUGGACAUUCACUACCUGGUGGUGCUAAUUCGUUACUCAAUGAGGAAUCUCAUCCUGAUGUUCAACUUGACAAUCGACAUAUGAUGAUCCGUGGAGAAAAUACAUCGAAAAUUUUACGUCUUCGUUCGAUUGUUACACAAUGUUUUCGUAAUCAUUACUUUGAUCGAGGCUAUUAUGAAACAUUUCCACCGACACUGGUACAAACUCAAGUUGAAGGUGGUUCAACUUUGUUCGAAUUAAACUUUUUUGGAGAACCAGCUUUUUUGACACAAUCAUCACAAUUGUAUCUUGAAACGGCUUGUCCAGCUUUAGGUGAUGUCUUUUGUAUUGCUCAAUCGUAUCGAGCUGAAAAAUCACGUACACGUCGUCAUUUGGCUGAAUAUACACAUGUAGAAGCUGAAUGUCCAUUUAUUUCAUACGAUGAUCUACUUGAUCGAAUUGAAGAUCUAAUCGUUGAUGUUGUUGAUCGUGUAUUGAAAUUUCGUGAAGCUGCUCAUCUAUUAAAGGAAAUCAAUCCGACUUUUAAACAACCAAAAAAACCGUUCAAACGAAUGAACUAUAGUGAUGGUAUUGAAUGGCUUAAAGCACAUGGAAUUAAAAAUGAAGAAACUGGCAAAUUUUAUGAAUUUGGUGAAGAUAUACCUGAAUUACCCGAACGAAAAAUGACUGAUGAAAUCAAUGAACCAAUUUUAUUUUGUCGAUUUCCAGCCGCAAUCAAAUCGUUCUAUAUGAAACGAGAUCCGAAUGAUAAUCGUCUAACCGAAUCGGUCGAUGUGUUGAUGCCUGGUGUUGGAGAAAUUAUUGGCGGUAGCAUGAGAAUGACGAGUUUGAAAGAUUUAUCGGAAAGUUUUCGUCAAAAUGGUCUGACACUAGAACCCUACUAUUGGUAUUUAGAUCAACGCAAGUAUGGAACAUUUCCUCAUGGUGGUUAUGGUCUCGGUCUCGAUCGUUUCAUGACUUGGCUCACGAACCGACCUCAUAUUCGUGAUGUUUGUUUCUAUCCACGUUUUAUUGGUCGAUGUCAACCUUGA